UUCUUCAUCAAAUCGCAUCCCCAAUUUAUGCGGGAAGCGCGGAGGAGGAAAACAUACCGCCUCUCCUCUGUUUCUUCUCCUCCCCUGCAAUUCCUUCUCCACGUUCGCGUAAAUAGCACAUAGAAAAAUACUGGAAAUUAUAGCCUUUGUAUUCACGCAGUUAAUUGAUCAUGCAUAUGCCCAUUUCUAGGUGCAGAGAGAACCAAAAUGAGUCUUUUCUAUUGUUUUUUGCCUCAUGAAAAGAAGGCCUCAAAGAAGAUUAGAAGCGGAAGCAGACGGAAGAAUGCUCCGGUGUCCGUCCACCACCGCCUCAUUGACCCCUCUCUGCGGCGUUGGCUGCCGACACAUUCGUUUUGUCGUGACAAGGUGAAGAAGAUCCAAAGGAAAACUGUCAAUCCGAAAGAAACUGAGAACAAAGAUGGAGGCAAUAGGAACAUUGCGGCACAGAUAUUCACAUUUAGGGAACUUGCGGCGGCCACAAAGAAUUUCCGGCAAGAAUGUCUGCUCGGUGAAGGUGGCUUCGGCCGCGUUUACAAGGGUUAUUUGGAGAAUACGGGCCAGAUUGUAGCAGUGAAGCAACUAGACCGCAAUGGGUUGCAAGGAAACAGAGAAUUCCUGGUGGAAGUGUUGAUGCUAAGCCUUCUGCACCAUCAACAUCUUGUCAACCUAAUUGGCUACUGUGCUGAUGGAGAUCAGAGGCUUCUCGUUUAUGAAUUCAUGGCUUUGGGUUCUCUUGAAGACCAUCUUCUUGAUAUUCCACCAAACCAAGCUCCAUUGGAGUGGUCGAUCAGAAUGAAAAUCGCAUUACAUGCUGCCAAAGGAUUGGAGUAUUUACACGAAAAAGCCAACCCGCCUGUCAUCUACCGUGACUUGAAGUCUUCAAACAUUCUAAUAGAUGAGAAAUACAAUGCCAAGCUCUCUGAUUUUGGGCUAGCCAAGCUUGGGCCUAUGGGGGGAAAGAGUCAUGUAUCUACAAGAGUAAUGGGGACGUAUGGUUAUUGUGCCCCUGAAUACCAAAGGACAGGUCAGUUAACUGUCAAAUCCGAUAUUUAUACUUUUGGAGUUGUGUUGCUUGAGCUCAUCACAGGAAAGAGAGCCAUCUUUACAACCAAAUGUGGCAAUGAUCAAAUGCUAGUCAAAUGGGCCGAGCCGAUCACCCAAGAUCCAAGUAGGCAUUCGGAAUUGGCUGAUUCCAAUCUGAAAGGGAACUUUCCAAAGAAAGGGUUAUCCCAAGCAGUUGCAGUGGCAGUAAUGUGCCUGAAUGAAGAUCCAGCCUUAAGGCCAAUGAUGAGUGAUGUGGUCACUGCUCUUAGCUAUCUUUGGGUUGAACCAGCUGAGUUGGGUUUAGAUUCUUCACCAACUCUCUGCACAUAGUACUGCCCCUGGUUGCUCUAUCCUUUAACAUAUAGCUUGGUGCAUCAGAGACCUUGGAUUGAUGGUUUUUUCAAUCAUUUUUUCCCAUAAGAUUCUAAUUUCAAAUCCUCGGGGUAAAGUGCAGUGUAAAAACUUCGAUUUGAUAAACUAUUGACGACAGAAGCAUCGAAGCAUACAACAAGUGAAUGAGGCAAUCUCAUAUUGUUCAUGAUUUUUUCUUCUUCUUGUGAUGCUUCUUACCAGCAAGAGAUUAUAUGACAUUCAAGUCUAAUCCUCA